CACGGUCACACAGAGGAUAGAUGAGCACCAGCGGAACCCGGCUCGCCGAGUAAAUGCCGGAGUGUCAGCGCCUGCACCGCAUCUCACAGUAAAUUUGGAAGACCGAGAUGGAUGUAAACGGAGUUUCUCAGUGUCGGGAGAACGGGAGCUUGGAGCCCAUCCCCCACGCUCAGGGGUCUGGAGGCAGUGGCUGUCAGCAGCAGCAGCAGCAGCAACAGCAGGAUGGGCAGCAAGAGGAGAGUGCAACUGUCAGUGACAGCCACAAUCAAGAAAAGAGGCAAGCAAAUGACCGGGAAGACAAGAAGAGAGUAUCAACCACCAAGACUGCCGAUGGUGCAUCUUACAGCAGAUGGUCUAGCUCUCAACCACACCAGCAGCCAGGCCCUGCAGUGCGAACAUACCAGAACAGUAAGGCGAGAGUCACCAUGAGCCCUGGCUUUACCCCACAGUGGAGCAACAACCAGUCUGCAUGGAACAGCUAUGCUUAUCCCAGGGCUAACGUUCACUUUCAGUCCCAUGCCAAUUACAGCUACUGUCCUGGACAUCCUGCCCAAUCCUAUGCACCAGCUCCCCACCCUAUGGCUCCUCCCAGUCCGAGCACAAACAGCAGCAACAACAGCAGCAACAACAGUGGUGGCGAGCAGCUGAGCAAGACAAAUCUGUACAUUAGGGGCCUUCCACCAGGCACGACCGACCAGGAUCUUAUCAAGCUCUGCCAGCCCUAUGGAAAGAUUGUAUCGACAAAGGCCAUUCUAGACAAAAACACCAACCAAUGCAAAGGCUAUGGCUUCGUAGACUUUGACAGCCCAGCAGCUGCACAGAAGGCAGUAGCAUCGCUCAAAGCCAGUGGAGUACAGGCACAGAUGGCAAAGCAGCAGGAACAGGACCCAACCAACCUGUACAUCUCAAAUCUUCCCGUGUCCAUGGAUGAACAGGAGCUGGAGAACAUGUUGAAGCCUUUUGGUCACGUAAUCUCAACAAGGAUAUUGAGAGAUGCAAACGGAAUAAGCCGAGGUGUGGGGUUUGCCAGAAUGGAGUCCACUGAAAAAUGUGAAGUAGUAAUUCAACAUUUUAAUGGAAAAUAUCUGAAAAUGCCACCAGGUGUGCCAGCUCCCGGUGAGCCUUUACUGUGCAAAUUUGCUGAUGGAGGGCAGAAGAAAAGACAGAAUCAAAGCAAAUACACACAAAAUGGCAGGCCAUGGCCCAGAGAAGGAGAGACUGGAAUGGCUUUAACCUAUGAUCCCACUGCUGCAAUGCAGAAUGGUUUUUAUUCCUCACCAUACAGUAUUGCAACAAAUCGUAUGAUUGCACAGACAUCUAUCACACCUUUCAUUGCUGCUUCUCCUGUAUCAACAUAUCAGGUCCAGAGUACAUCGUGGAUGCCUCAUCAACCAUAUGUUAUGCAACCUGCAGGUGCUGUGAUAACGCCCACUAUGGACCACACCAUGUCCAUGCAGCCAACCAGUAUGAUGGGACCCUUGACCCAGCAGAUGAAUCACAUGUCAAUGGGCACAGCAGGAACAUACAUGACUGCUGCAGCACCUAUGCAAGGGACCUACAUUCCCCAGUACACUCCUGUGCCUCCUGCAGCUGUCCCUGUUGAAGAUGUUGUUGCUGAUACCUCCCCACAGACGGUAGCGCCUUCAUCACAGGAUGCCAGUGGCCAACAACAGCAGAUACCAGUGGAAACAACCAAUGAACAUGCGCCUACCUAUUCUUACCAACAAGCUAAAUAGUAAACGGGACUGAAAACAGGAAUCAUGAGCUGAAAAUUGCCUUGAACCAGGAAACUUCAGUAAAUAUGAAGGUGGCUUCCAGUUUGCACAGGCGUCAAAUGAAUGCUUUUUAUUUCCUACCUUACCUGACAAAAAAAGUGUUUUUAUGUGCUGUGCAAAUGGUUCAGUGAUGUAGUCUGACAGUUUAAUUUUGCUAUAAAAGCUUAUUUUUAAAAGAGAAAGAAAAUCCCACAAGGGGAGUUGUUUUGACUUUUCAUUCAGAUGAACAAGUAAAAUAUAAAUGAUUUGUAUGUUCAGAUAGACUUAGGAAUUGUAAGACUGACAAGUUUGGAAGAGAAAGGAAGCUGCAGUGUUUUAGGAAAGUUUAAUAGUCUUCCUCUGAUAUUAAGCUACUCUUUUUUUCAUGUCUUUUAUUAAUUUGUAGGUUUUUCAGAAACGUUUAGCUAAGAUUUAUCUUGACUCUUAAUUGCCUUAAUUUUGAAGACGUCAGGCUCUCAAAGCCAGCUGUCAACAUUGCGUUAGUAAUUCUAGAUUGAAAUUAUGUGCUUGGACCAAGUGGUUGGUGCAAGAAUUUGAUAAAAGCUUAACUUUAUAGGGAGGUAAAAUGCUAAUAAGCUGUACAGGUUAAAACAAAAACAAAAAAAAAAAAAAUUUGUUGCUUGAAUUCUUUUGCAGAAGAACAUGGUUUUAUUGAUAAAGAACAAGGACGACUGACAAAAUCUAAAAAAAAAAUUGCUGAGACAUUUCAUGAAUUUUGUCUUAAAGCAUUGGAAACUGACAAUUUGCAAAGGCAGAAAGCAUUUUGUGAUUUGAAAAAGAAACUGUAUGGUACAAAAUACAGUUUAUCGCUUAAGGCAGAUUGUUUUAUUUACGAAGCAUAAUUGCUAGCAACAGAAUUAGUGCUUUAUAUUUGCAAUCUUUUUUAUUAGCUUAAUUUUUUUUAGUCUGCUUUGCUUGUCACCUUGCAGAUGCAAUCUAAAGAGUAAAAGGUGCGAACUAGAUAAAUAGGAGCUUAUGGUUAAAAAUAAAUCAAAGCAAAAGCAAUAGAUUGAAGAAAUUGUGGACAAUUUCUGUAGUCUUUAAUUUUCAUAGUUGUGGAUCAAAUGCAGCCUAAGGAUGGCCUAUUUUAUACCAAAGAUGAAGUGACACCCUAAAGCAGUCAAGAAGCUAGAGAUUUUUUCUGUUGUUUUUUAAAUCUUUAUUUGACCUACAUGGCCGGACCAGUUCUUACUUUAUUUUCUUUAAACUUUUCUUCCACUGGUUACUCUCUAUAACACAUACACAGUAAGAAUGUUCAUCUAAAAAUAUUGGUGGUGCACUGGUAUUUGGGAGCGGGGUGGGGGUGGGGGGGGGUCCAUGUACAUCUAAAGAAGGAUUAAUUUUGUAAAAUACCAAUUUUUCUGUCCUGACUUUGGCCUUAACACUUGUUUGUAAAUGUGCAUUAUAUGUUACCUUUGCAAAAUUUAUUACUUUUUCAGUCUUCCUUCAUACUUUAUGCAUCUGGAUAGCCCAUUUAUCUACCUCAGUCUAUACCAUCUCCCAUUGUGCUGAGCAGCUGUUAUCCAGCAUUUUGCAAAGCUUCAGUUCCCCCAAGCUACCUGCCCAACCUUUUUAUGUGCCCAGCGUUUCUUGUGUGCAGAUUGCCUCCGCGGGGCAGUGAUAAAGGUACACAUCAGGUCUUUAGCAGCCUCUAAAAAGUUACUGUAUGCCCAGGUUUGGAGAUUUUAUUACACAAUCAUGCAGGUAAUUGUAGUAGACAAAACAGCCCCUGCCCCAGUGGCUUGUCACUUUUAUACCUAACAACUAAAAACAAAAUCUAAUAUUAAAAAGUUCAAUAUAUUCUUUUUGUAAAUUAAAGGUAUGACUUUGUGCUGGAGCUAUAUUGAUAGUAUGUUUACUGUCAAAUCAUAGCAGAUUAUAGUCUCCAUUUUUUUGGGACCUGAAUAAGAAAUUAUAUGAUUUUAACUGUGGAAAAAAAUCACUAUCUUUGAUAUUUGUGUAGUAUCACAUGGUACCUAAUAUGCUGUACAAAUUAUGAAAUUGCAUUUCCCAUUCUAAGAGAUAAAUAUUGCUCCUAUAGCAUGUCACUGCAUUCAUUUUAUGGCACCCUGCAAAACUUUGUGUUAAUGAGAGCAAACAAUUUUGGGUCAAGAGUGGUUCUGAUUUAUUAACAUUCUGGAUGUGGUACAUGAUUAAAAAAUUACUCUUUUCAUCCUGAUUUCGAGAAAGAUAUUGCUGACAAUCAAGUUUUUGAAGUGAGGGAGAAAAUCGGGAGGAAAAGAGUUGAUAUGCUGGGAGAUAUGAAUAAUGUACAGGAAAUAGGGUUUAGGGCAGAUGUUGCCAAUAAACAGAGCCAAAGAAAGAAGUGUGCUGGAGUGACCAUUGAGCCUGCCUCUAAAGAUGCAAAAUAUGUGCCUGCUCUCAUCAGAAGCUCAGAAUAAUGUCAAAUGGAUGCUUAAAUUGUGCAUUAUUACAUUUUAAAUCCUAAUUCCGUCCUUCUAGAAUGUGACUUUUCAAAAUUUUAACUCUUUGUUUAAUAGGUUCCAAUUUAUUUUCUUAAAUAUAAUUAAUAUUUUGCAAACUUGUUGCAGGAUAGAUCAAAUUAAUUUGCUUUCAUAAUUUCAACAUAUUUUCCAACCGAAAUAAGUUUUAUUGGACUGUCAUUUAAUUAUUUUUAGACAUCAUGUUAGCUUCGAUAAUUUGAAGGGCCUACUUCAUGUUUAUUUCAAAUUACUACUAGGUUACUUGCAUAUGCUAUAACAACCCCCACCUUCUGUUUAAAGACAACUCUCCAAAGUUGAUCAGAAAAUUAGCACAGCAUAAGUUGGAAAAAAGUAACUUUUUUUCCAUUUUUUUCAAUUUCAUCUACGGUUCUUUAGGGGGAUCAUUGGACUUAAUCAGUGGAAAGGCAAACAUUUUUCUUUAUGACGAUAUGGAAUGGGAGUAGAGGUUGAAGCAGUAUUCCUCCUCCUGGCUCCACAGCAUGUGGGCAGUGUAGCAAACCUAUACGUUUCUCAUGCACUUCUAUUUGCCGUAACCCUCCCCACACAAGAGCUACUACUGGAUUAAGUUAAUCCACAACAAAUUGGUGGUUUGCCUGAAUAGAAUUGGCUAUAAACAUUUAGAUCUAAAAACAGACCUCACUGAAUGUUGCAUCUUUUAAAGAAUGUAACGUUGAACAUUUGAAGGGCCUGAAAUGCUGUCCUUAUUGAAAACAGAUAUGCGUUAUGUUGAAUUAUUGCAGCAGUAGUAUGUAACACAUUCCCCAAAUAGGAACUGGAUGAGGUUUCAGUCUCCUACUUUUUGAUUACCAGGUAUUUUGACAGGCAACCACACACACCACAUCACUGAAAUGUAUGUCUAAAUUACAUAACUGAUCAAAACAGCAUCUCUUUCAAAUCCUCAAAUUGUCGAAACAAAUGUCAUUUUGAACCAUUUUGCAAAUGAGAGAACAGAUGUUCAUUUUUUGACAAUAAUCCUUUUUUGAUUAUGCAAUGGUGUUUUAUAGUGCAUUAUUACUCAAACUGACAUGGAUCUGAGAGGAGGUAGCCCAAUGAGAUGGAAUGAGUGCAAUAUACAACUUAUCAUUUUGACCUUUCCCCUGCCGAGUUCCCAAUACUGACCAGACUCGUGUAUCAUUUUCUUCAGGGGAGUUGAGUUUAAACUGAACUUAAGAAAAUGUGCUAGAAUUCACCUAUGCUGAAUAAUGGGUCCUUGUAAUCAUUUUUAACCAAGGGAUAAUAGUAAAUGUGACUCUAUAGAAUUAAAUUGUCCUAAAGUGUACAUUUCAGGGUUAAGGGUCACCUUUUGAUGUUAAAGAUACAUAAAUUAAUGUCAAUUCAACUGAUAAUAACUGUGAAGUUAGACCACUGCUUGACAGAUAAUCCCUAGGAUGGCCUACUUAGACAGGCCUGUGCUGUAAAUAUUAAUACAGUAUCACCAUUUCCAGUUUUUUUAAAUCAAAUUGGCUUUUGGCAUACUUGUGUGGUACGUCAGAUUGAAUUUCCAAAUAUGGAUGUUUGAUAUUUAAUAGUGCUGCUACCCAAUCAUGAAAUUUUAUUUUAAAGUGUAUAUGUGUUUAUGCGAUAAAGACACUAUUGCCUUUGAGGCUCUUCAAAGCACUUAUCCCCAAAUUUGUAUCUAAUUAGUGUAGAGAUAUUUAUAUUGUUAUUGGUAUCCUUGUUUUUCAUCAAUGUAAAAGUACAAAUCACAAAGAGGAAUGCUAAUAAGACAUUGUAUUGCUUCAAACAAUUUGCACACAAGACAUGCACAUCAAAUUAGUUGUUUUUUUUGUUUGCUCUGGCAGUUUCUAUUCAGUGUUAUCAUGGGGUCAUUUUCUGCUAGUAAUCCUCCAGUUGCAGUGUCAAUGUUACAUCCACAGAAAGCUUUAACAACAAAAUUUUAACAUUUCUGAAGGGAACUCCCUUCCAAGUUGCCUUUUCGUUAAUAACCAAAGUGCCCAGUGAUGGUUAGUUUUCAAACCACCGAAAACUGUAUUUGAUUGAUACAGAUAUAGCACGAGUUUGGGCUUGACAUUUGGCUCACAGUUCAUUCAGCCAGACAUCUGAGAUUCUGCCAAGGUUCAGGGUUUAGUCCUUUUAAAUAUUUCCAUAUUGUCUUGGCAUGUUUGACUGACCAGAGUGACUCCCAAGGCAGCUUAUGUUUCUUUAAUAUAGGAUGUUAAAAAAAAAGUGGAAUGUGAAAAUUUAAGUUCCUAUUGUGGGUGUAAUAUCAACACUGACUGUCAAUUUGUAGCAUCAUGACUGGAGAAGGUCCCAGUUUGAGAUCCUUCAGGAAGUACAUUGACAUACCAGUUGAUAACUUUGCUAAAUUAGUACAUGCAGAUGUUGAGACUGCUCUGUGUAUCAAUUCAGAUCUAUGCUGCUUUGUCCAGACACAAAAGUUUUCAUCAUUUAUAACCUCAAAAGAAAAAUGUUUUUUCUGACUUUUCAUAUUCUGGCAGGCAGUCAGAUCAAAAUAUAUAUUUAACCUUCUAAGUUCUUUGAUAUUUUUUAAAGAGAUUACAUUUCCACCUUAGUUAUUGCUUGUUCUUAAUAUAAAAUCAAAUAAAUAUUUGGAUGAUAAAUGUUUAGAUUGAACUACAAAACUAAUGCAAUGACAAUUCUUUGAAAAGAAUCUCAACAGUGGUGAAGCUGCAUUAAUUGUCCUAAAUUGAAUUAGGAAUUUAUCAAAAAUAGUUUGCUCGGCAAAUAAAAUGUCUGCCACGACAAUCGAUAAAUCAAAAAGUACACUUCCUUUGGAAGCAAUUUGCAGUAAUGUUCAUUUUAGAGGCACUGACUGAUUUUGUGAUGAUCCCACAGUGUAUGGACAUUCAGUCAUGAAACAAAACAAAACUUAAUGAUUAUAAAGCUCCUCACAUCCAAGUGGUGUGUUUUAAUGUUGCUCAUCAUCAUGUUGGGAAAGCAACAGAACUUGGAGGGUUAAAUGACAUUCCCUUCUGUCUGGUAUUGAUUUUUUUUUUCAUUUGUUUCAAACCUGGACAGGGAAACUCUGUAACCUGGUCCCACGCCAGGGUUAUUUCACCCGUCAUUAAAUUAUGAACGUUUUUUUUAAUUUAUGAAGACCUUUUUUGUACAGAUUUUUUUCAUUUAAAAGAAACUCAUAGAGAUGUCUAUAAAAUCAAGAAAGUUGGUUUUUUAAACUUGUGUUUCAGUUGUGUCACAGGCAUGCUGGGCAUCACUUUGUCUAGCAGUUCUUUCAUUAUCUGUUUGCUCCUGGAAAUUUAUGUAGAUCAGUGGAUGUUAGGUUUAAAAUUCUGUUUUCUUUGAAGAAGCUUUCAAUAAAAAAGAAAUCUUUAAAAACA